UAUAUUUCAGUUAUUCUAAGGAGAGAGAACUCUUUUAUUUCUAUUGAAAUCAUCCGUGUCUCAUGUUUACUUUUCUCUAUUGUUCUUACAUCGAAUUCUGUCAAUCAAAAUUUGAAAUCUCGCGCUUAAAUUAAUAAAUUAGCCGUUGUCUUUUGUUACUAUUUGCAUAAAUUAUGAGCCCGCGGCUAUUUUUCUCUCAGCGGUAAAUGCUUGUUAGUUGAUAAAUUUGUCGUUUUUACAUAUCAUAAACAAGCAAGAAGCGAAAUGGCAGGCGAAGACGUUAAAAAUAUAAUAGAAUUGGAUGAUGACUUUUUUGUGACGGAAGAAAUGUUGUCAGAUUUUACUGUUUACGAAAGUUGUGAGGUGGAAGUAUCGUUUGUGGAAGAUCUGUUGGAAGAAGAAAAUGAAGUAGAUGCUGGAUAUUUGGGUAUUCCUCAAAUAGUAUUCGUUGAUGAAGAAGAUGUGGACAUGGUGGUUGAUAACAACAGUACCAAAAAUGUGAAGUUUGUGUGCAGCAGCAAGUGCAAAAAACAGUAUUUUAAAGAAGCUUACUACAAGAAACAUACUCUGAUAUGUAAAAAGCCAACAGAUCCAGAAACAACAACAGUGGCAAGAAAAACUCUUGAUGACUCAAAAAAUAAAUCAACUACAACAAUUUCCACAAAACAAGUUAAAUCAAAAUCGAAUCAAUCUUUAUCCAUCACCGAUCAUGAGCUGCAGCAAGAAAAAAUGAAUUUUGUUCGUGAUGCUAUGGUUAAAAUUUCAAAAGACCCAAUCAAUAACAUUGUUGUGAAAGGAUUCAAAACACCUGGAAAUCGUGUCAAAGAAUUAGCCAACUCAAUUUUGAAUGCUGGGAGUGAUGUUUUGGACAUUAUUUCUGAAAAUGUAGUGUGUCGCAUAUUUAAAGAAUUGCAAAAAUCUAACCUACUGACUGGUUCAGGAAAAGAAUCUCUUUGGAGAAAAGUGCAUGAACUUGCACAAGACGAUAAAUUCAGACAACAUUGGAAACAUGUAUUACCUAAAGGAUACUGCAUUGACAGUCAAGAAUUCUCUAUGUUGUUGCAGAAAUUUGUUAUGGAGUUAAUAAAAAUACUAGUAGCUCAUGAAAACAAAAAUCGACAUGUCGAAAAAAGUCUUGACUUGAAACUCACAACUGAGGAACAAACUGUUCUGUAUUAUGUUUCAGGAUACAUAAUUUUCUCGCUACGUAAAAAAUACCAAAGAUUAGCAGAUUCGAAAAACAAAGUUGUUGCUGUGGCUGCAUUGCAGUUUCUGAACUCAUUGAAAGUUUCAGGUGAUGAUAAACUGCAGGUAUAUAGUUUUCUGGAUUAUACAAGAUCUUGGGUGGACCAAGUCAGCAGAGGAUACCUGAUAAAAGUCAAUGAUGACAUGUUUAUUUUUUGCAGAAGAAUUGAAAACGUUAUUAGAAAAGUUUUAAAUUUGAACAUGUUGAAAAAAUAUAAAGGAGAAGAUAUACGGGAACUUUUCGAAAAUGAACUUAUGAAGGACUCUUUAAUUGAUCAAGCCUGGGUCAUACUUUCACGGUAUCUUGGAAAUGAGAAGUUAUCGAAAAUUCUCAAAGCUCAGAUCAUUAAAAAAUGGUGUGACAUCAGAGCAAAAGCAUAUGUCACUGCAUAUAUACAAGUAGUUCGACGCAAACUUGCUUCUCUAGCAUCGGAGAAAAAAGAGAAGUUGACUGUAGUCUUAUCUAAAAAAGGUGAACCAGCAAUGAGAAAAAAACUUAACUAAUUGUCAUAACAUUUUUACCUAUAACUUGUUUUAAUUUCUAUAUAUCUUUUCCAUGUAUAUAACUGUGUUUCUUAGUAAAAUAAUCAUACCCUUAUUAUGUUUGUACUAUUUUAAGGGUUUUUUUCGGAUUGAGUAAGGAUUCAAUCUCGCUGAAGCUGUUUAUUUUAAAUCUAAAUUUUUGCCAAGAUUUGUGAACUUCACUCUCAUUUCUUUUUUUUGUGCUACUUCUUUGUUCAGUUAUGCACAUUGGCAAGCGUUAAACUGAAUAAUGCUGCGAGAUCAAAACUCUGCGCGCUUUGCUAGAAAUUUAAUAGAUCAUAAAAACGCGGAGAAAUGGUCGAUGGAUAGGCUAAUCAAGAUGGUAUGAAACAACAUGCUUUUUAUCAGCUGGAGGGACCCUGAAAAAUAAGUUGCGCGUGCAUAAUUACCGACGCAAAUAUUCUUACGCGAGAAUCGCUACUUAAAGCUGACCGCAACCUCGGACCUAGGAUUGCCGCAUCGGAUGCUCUAUGCCUGACUGUGGCCUGAUGAAAUCAACUCACUUUUUGAUUAUUCCAUUUGAUUAAAUUUUUUGCAAACAAGUUUUAUAUCUCACACGGGUAUCGAACUCUCUUUGCAAACAAGUUUUACAUCUCACACGGGUAUCGGGUAUGUUUUAUUGUGGUUUGUAUACACCCUUACACCAAGAGGCCUUUGUCACGUCCUUUUUUUAAAUCAACAUAGUCCCGAAUAGCGAAUAUUAAUUUCGACACUCCUUCGCAUGAAUUCUUGUUGGGAAUAUAAUGAAACUUGUCCCCAGGGUUGUUCUACAUAUCGCGAAGUGAGUAUGUAAAAAAGCAAAACAAAACUGUAAUAUUUAUUCACGUAUGGCGGAUCCAUUCGAAAUGAAGAUAAAAGAAAUUCCGUAAUAGUUGUAAUUUCCCGAUGACAUAAAUAAAAAUUACAUAGCAAUAAUAAAGUAGCAAUCCUAAAUUUUUUUAAUCUCAAUUAUUUUCUAAGAUUUGAUGUUUUCAAAAAAAUGUUUCAAAUCAAAGUCAAAAUCGUACUCCACUAAAAAUAUUUGCAAAAGAUGUGACUCAAAAGACAAGGCACUAAUAACAAAACAACUUCUAUGUUGAAAAAGCGUAAUGGAAAAAAUGUCUGACAUACUCAGAAAAAAUAUAAAUAAAAUAGUCAAACAAUCAUGUUUCCAAAAGUAUCAAUAUAUAAAUAACUAUCUCUUUCUUUUCUGUGGAAGUUUCCUCAUAUCAUUUACGUCUAGGUGAAUCUGAUUUUGAGCUUUUUGAGGGAAAAAUGUUGUGUUUCUGAAUUCCGUUACAAAAUAAUUGAAUGUAUUUCGAAUGAUACUACUAACCUCAAAACGCCAAUCGUUAACAUCUCUAUAUGCUGCAAGAGCUAUUUUUCCGCCACGAUCUUGAUUAAUUGAAGAUACAUUCAAGCAAUCAAAAACUUGGUCAAACAUACGCACAAACUUUAUUGUACUUUUCGUAUAAUGCAGCCCCUGAACCUCAAGUGCAUCAGCAGUUGUUUUACUCAAAACCUAAAUGCAAAAUCAUAAUUUACAUGAGCAAUGAUAAACACAUUAUCAGAAGUAUAUCAUUAUUUGCAACUCCCACAAAAUAAUCAAACUGUGAAUCCACUAUCACUCAGAAAACACUAAUACAAACAAGCAGACAAAUAAAUAAUAAAAAAAGAAAAGAAAAAUAUCUCACUUGGGUAGCCAACUUAACUUGCAUCCUCAACCUUGGAGUUAACUUUAUGUGAUCCUCUUUUAGUUUAUAAAGUUUCCUUAAUCCAGGUGCUGCUCCAUGUAAAUUCAGAUCCCAUUCAUAAACAUUGACAAGAUGGUUCCAGCUGAUAUCCAUGUGAUCGAG